UCCAGAACCACAGGGGAAUCGUUGAUUAUAUAUUGGGGAGGGCAGGUUGGCGUUUCCAAGUGACAGGAAAACGUAGCUUGUGUCGCACUUUGAUUCACGGUCACGUUUACACAGUUGUCUAGGAAACACGACAGUUUUGGUUGCUGCGCCAGCCUUGUUUAGGUUAAUUUAUAGUAUACACUGUAUAGAUAAAUACGCGUCUCCCCUGGUGUGGACAUUUGUGACGCGCAUGUGCAGAACUUGCUGUGAAGCAUUGCCGUGUGCUAGCAGCUAUAUCUCAGUAGAGAGGACAUAACGAUCGAGCCCUAAACAGACGAGUGAUACCACUUCCACAGAGUAUAGCUAACGAGUGAAUAUGGCAAAUGAAAGCAUGGAGAACUCCAACCAAUCUAUAGAGAGGCCCCCCGAGGAUGACCCUGGGCCGCGCAUGGAGUCCGAUGAAAACGCACAACUGGCGCAUAGUGAGGAAAAACCAGAUGAAGGGGACCAGGCUGAAACAAAGACAGAAGACAAAUCUGGCGAGGAUGUUGAUACCAACAUGUCAUGGACGAAGGAGGUAGAACUGAGCAUGGACAACUCUUCUUAUAACAACUCAAUCACUAGCACUGAUAGCAGGUCCGCGCUGCUAAAUGGUGAGACCGGAACUGACGUCACCGUUAAAGAAAAGCCUACCAUUCUGGAUAUCCCUUACAUUCAGGUCGUGUAUGAAUACAACGAUUUCCAGGAUCUUGCCAACGUCGACCAAUACAGGUCUCGUUCUAACACCAUGAUGGGUCUGCUGGAAAGUCCGGCUUACAUCGAUUCCGUUAACUGUCCGACCCCUGACCGACGCAGGCUUGCCAGGGCGUGCCGCAACGCUGUGCUGACACUCAGUCAGGAUAUCGUACAGAAGAAGACCAUGGGAUAUGUUCCUAACGAUCCUGAUAAGUACGAUGAUGCUACACCGAACGACAAAGACGAGGAUGAUCCAGGGGACUUUAAUUCAAUUAACCAUCAUAUGAACAAUCUUGUGUUCCUCGGCAUCACGGUGUUUCUGAUGGCCACGGCUAUCCUGUCCCUGAAGAAUCUACAGAGCAGUCUGAACCACAAUGAUAAUGUUGGUCUGUACUCCCUAGCGGCAGGCUAUUGCAGUUUUACUGUAUUCAGCCUCUUUACGCCCUUCAUUGUCCAAAGGUUCCGUCCCAAACGUUGUCUUAUUAUCGGGCUCCUGCCACAAGUGUUGUACGUGGCGGCAAACCUCUACCCAACGUUUCAGGUCCUGGUUAUCAUGGCAUUCUUUCAGGGUAUAGGGAACGCCAUUUUAUGGAAUGCCAUUAGUACCUAUGUCACAUAUCUCGCACGCUCAUACGCUCUUAAAAACGAUGACCGCACAGUUCAUGUGGCCAGUAGGUAUUUUGGAAUCAUUUUCUUCUUCUACCAGUUUUCCAUGGUAGUUGGAAACCUCAUAUCAUCUGUUGUACUCAUGUUAGGACGUACUCAGGACACGCUGCCAACUCACAACCGUACCGCAACAGUUUUCACCCAUACGUCUUUCAAUCAUUCAUACAGACCUAUGACAGACAUCAACCAUUCCUCCCAGGCGGUUAGUCCUGGUUUCUGUGGCAGCAAAUACUGUCAUUCCGAUAACUUUGCACUGCCAAAUAUGACCGUGAAUAAUGAAACCAAAUAUACGCUCUUAGGCAUAUUUGGUCUCUGUGUUGCAUUUUCCGUUGUUGUUCCGAUGUACUUGUUGAGCAGCCUGAAGCCCUAUAGAACAACGUAUGCCAACUGUUCCGUGAUCUGCAAGCAGUUUACCUCCGUCCUUAGGUGCACGUUUGACCGUCGCUUCCUCAUGUUGUUCUUGGCCUUCAUGUACAGUACCGUCCAAAACAGCUUCGUCACAGGAGACGUUACUAAGGCGUUCGUCACGUGUUCGAUGGGUAUACAUAUGGUGGGUUAUGCGAUGAUCUGUUUUGGCGUCUGCGCUGGCCUCAGCUCCUACUUGAGUGGUUACGUCAACAAGCACGUCGGGCACGUCUGGCUGUUGACCGCAGCUGCCAUCUUGAAUCUGGUUCUUCUUCUUGUGAUGUCGCUCUGGGAACCACGUGACAACGGAAUGAUAUUCUACUUCAUCUUGGUUGGUUGUUGGGGCCUCGGGGACGGUAUUUGGAUCUCACAAGUGAGCAGUCUGAUCAGUGAGGUGUUCCCAGAUUGUCUCGAAGAGGCAUUUGCGGCCCAACGGAUGGUUCAGGGCCUGGGUGGAGCCCUUUGGUUUGGCCUGGCCACCUCCAUGUGUAUGAUGACCAAGAUCGCCUUGAUGGUUGUUCUGUGCAUAUUAUCCAUCGCCCUCUACAUCAUCCAGGAGGUUCUCACCAAGCGCAGACCACACGUUGAGGAAAAGGACGAGAAAACCCCCGUUUAAUCGUUUAAUUAGCAUUUAGCUCUUUUGAUCAAAGUCAGAAUUUCUAUUGUCUUGAAAUGUGUGUGUAAAAAGUUUUUAGCGUAGACAGUUAAUUGACACGUCAUACUCCGUUUUUGCAUAAAUGUGAUAAAAGGUAUUUCUUCUUCACUUAUUCCUUUUACCUGUAUGUAAAGUGUCAAGGAACAGGAAAUUGUAAACAUUAUGUAGUUAAAAGAGAUACAAGCAUAUCUUUCACAUCGAAAUAUAUAUACAACUAUAUAAACGAUGUUUAACAGGUAUGACAAUUAGAUGUUCCAUGUUAAGGUUUUUGAUCGUCAUUUCUAUGAGAUAUAUUCAUGGUAACUGUGUUAUAUACAUGUGUUUUUUUGGUCUGGUUUUUUUUUACGGUUUUCUCAAUCUAAAAUUGAAUUUAGGUUUCUAAACUUUGAAACAUUUUUGACAUUUUGAAUUAGGUAACGAAGGUGUCUAAAGGAUUGCGCAUACUAAGAAGUUUGCUUAAAGUGGAAUUGCAGAAACUACAGAGGCGAUAUAUGUGUCCUUAAAUGGUCUCUCUGUCCUUAUAUGGAAUCUGAUAUUUCCUUAUAUUUCUACUUAUAUUUCUAUUUACAGACAGUUUCUCAUCUUCAAUUGUAAAUGAGACGUUUAGUCAUUCUUUUACCGUGGCAAAUAAGAAAGAUAUUCUACCAGUAAUUCCAAUAUAAAUUCAAAUAAAUAUAGUGUUUUCACUUCUGUCAUAAGCAGCAUGAACGCCUAGCAGAAAAAUCAACCGUACAGCUGCAUGCCAAAAAAAAUAUAGAUGUUAAAAACUCGUAUUACGAUUCAAUUAAUUAUCAAACUAUCAUACAUGUUAUACCUGUGGGAACCUCCCGAUAUUAUUUUCAAAAUUAAAGCCAAAUAAAUAAAUAUGUUUGUAUAUCAUUAUAUUUCACAGUACUUAACCUGUUGGGAGAUUUUUUAACGGUUUUAAGAUUGUCUCCAUUGGUAAAUGAUGUGAUGGUUAAAUAUUAAUAGCAUUAAUUAUGAUAUAGAGCCCAGAGUAAAGAGGAUCAUUGCAAACAUGAUGUUGAUGAUAAGGCAAUGAGAGUAUUCAUGGAUCAAUGUUCACAUAAGCGUUUUUCACAUGUGUAAAGGACUGUUCAAAGUUUAACAAAAUAUAUUAUAGUUUAUAGGUCAAUGUUCGCCAUAUGCUCUUUAACUUUUAGUCAAGUGCUAUUUAAGGGCCAAUACUUGCUUUGUUAAAUUGCUAGCCACUACCAGUGAGUCAUACUCGAUGAAGAAUGACGUCACAACAAUUGUAGUUACUUCCCUCCUAUUCUUUUUUUUUUAUCUUUUUUUUCGUAGACUUUUACCCCAUUUCCAAAGUGCCAGUGUAUAAUCAUGGGCACAAGUAGAUAGCUUAGUCUAUAGAUUAUUAAUGGAAUGUUUAUUUGGUCUCAAAUAGAUCGUUUUAAAAUUUAACAUCUAGGGACUUGUGCAAGUCUAUAGUGUAAAUAAAGGAUGAGUACGCUCACGGAAGGAUCAAGUUCGACUCAGGGUUACGUCUUCAAGGUGAUAUGUAUACUUGUUGUGUACAGUGCGUCGUUGUUGGUUUGUUGUUUUACAUGUAAAAUUCCAUAGAAAGUCACUAUGAUGUACAAAAUUAUUUUCAAAAUUAAUCUUUAAA